AUGGCCACUGGAAAACUGCGCAGCAUGAGCUUCGGCUCCAAAACACCAGUCUCCAGAAACCCCUCCCCCACGAUGCCGGGAGGACCCCCUACGAAAAGAACAACCAGAUCCUCGAAUAUCACACUGACCGCACCAGAAAUAGAAGCACAACCUAGCACCGUCACAGACGCUGCCAGCGCGCACUCAUACCUCAAAAAAAAGAGCCUCUGCCACGCGACUGAACCUUAUACCUUAAACCAUAUAAUCUCGGUCCUUUUACAGAUCACGCAGAUAUCCGGGUCCACGCCCCUGCCGGUCAUCACCGCCAUCAGAUCGGUUGUCUUUCUACACAAGCAACAUGUAGUAGACGAAAUCACGGAUGCAGCGGCUCGACAAAUCACGACGACAGUAGCACAACAAGUCACGGACACCAUCACUGCGAAACUGGUGGACCAUGUGAUAGCCGCAAUUGCCCCGCAAGUAGCCCGGAUACUAUCAGCCUCCGAAUCCCUUGAAAACUCUAUACAAAAAACUAAACAACACAAAACGCUCCCAGACUACCCAGACACAGAAGUAGAAAAAACAAAACAACUAACCGAACUAACGCCCCAAAUCAUAGACCAUAUCAUGACAGCCAUUAACCCUCAGAUCGAACAGCUCACAUCAACGUCGGACUCGCUUUCCACCUCACUAGAAAACACCUCGAAAAUUCAUCAGAUACUAGGAGAAUGUAUGGACCUAGACCGAGACAUCAAUGCAGCAGCGGAUAGGAUCACCAAUGCUACAGACACGGUUCACAGCGCUAUUGAGGACUGCCACAGCUCCAUCAACCGUCUCUCUCCCUCGUUAGAAACGACACAGGACCAAAUCCACCUUCUCUCCUUGAAACUCCUAGACCUACAAGACGCUCACUCUCCCCCCACUCCCCAACUUGAAGCUCCGAAACCUGCACCAUUCAGCAGCAUAACGACAGCCUGGCCGUCAGGACCAACUCGCCUACACACCUCACGUGGCUCCCCUCCGAACGUCCAAGCUUUUGCACCACAACCACACCCGUCACAAAGUCCACGCAACAGCAACACACAGCACCAGGUACCUCCGAUCGACGAAGCCCUGGCCCGGUCCGCUAUUCGAGCAAGACAGAUCCUGCUAGACCCUAUAAUCGGCAACCCAGUAUUCCCGCCCGAAAUCAAUCACAACGAAGCUCUGGAUAAGAUUCAUACCGCCAUCAAGGCAGCCCUGGCCCCCAACGGCCGCAACGACAAUGUCAAGGCCCUUCUACAGCUGCGCAACGGAGGAAUCAUCGUUGAACUAGACAACGAAGAAACAGCGCUCAGACUACGGGAUAACGCCACCCGAAAGAAAUUCCUUCACGCAUUAGACUACUCGGUCACAUUUAAAGACAGAACCUACACCUUAGUAGCCCAAUACGUCCCAACUAACUUACUCAUCGAACGACCAGGACUCCUUCGACUAGUAGAAGGCAAGAAUCACCUAGAUGAUAACUCGCUAGCGUCCAUGCGGUGGAUCAAGCCCCCACACAAAAGGCCCCCUGGGCAAAUUAGGGAUCAGCAGGGGUAA